UUAUACGUCUAAUCAAAUUGCAACAAAAAUUUCAGAUUUAACCAAACGUUACCGCCAGAUAAAAAGUACACAUAUAACUGGCUGCAGUCCUUCUGAUUGGUUACAUUAUGAACUUAUUCAUGCUAUAUUAGGCACCUGUCCAAUGAAUGACGAAGCGUUACGAUAUGAGACAACGGUUAUAUUCAAUGAAUCAAGUGAAACAAAUGUUGAACAGACAGUUCCUCUCCCAUGUACACCUGAUACUGAUAUUGUUCUGCUUCACCAUGAUUAUUAUACAAGGUCACAACAAGAUCCGUCUGAUUUAACGACUGAUACGAUUUCAACUACAGCUAACUUUUCAUUAGCAGAUAUACCAUUAACAUCGCCAUUAUCAACUCAACAACUGUUGGCGACAACAGUAGCAACAGUAGAUGUUUUAAGAAAAACUGAAAUGGAUAAUAUAUCAAAAGUAUAUACUGUUCGUAAACGUCCUAAUAUCGAAAGGAAUGAUUUAUUUCGAGAAUUAGUGAGUGAAAUCAAAGAGAAUAAUAUGAUGACAAGAAAAGUUGAUAAUUAA